AUGGGAAUUAAAUUUGACAAAAUUAAUCCCGAUAAAUUUACAAUGAUUUGUCCUAUGCAGAUAGUUGAUGCAAAUGAAGCUGGAUCUGUUUAUUUUGUCAAGUAUAAAGCUCAAAAAGAAAAUAAUUCUGAAACAAAAGAAAAUGAUUCUGAAACAAAACAUAAUGAAUCUGAAAAAAAGACUCAUUACGCAUUAGCAACCGACGUGACAGAUUACUUCAUCGCGACUCAUUACGAUUUGUAUGUUAUCAGUCCAACAGAUUAUACAACACAUGUUGAGGCUACUUACAAGAAACGAAAAUGGGAUCAUUAUUUAUUAAUUGAAAAGCUUGGCAAAAUAUCAAUUAAUGAUAUUUCAAAAUUUUAUAUUCCACCUCAUUUCGCAAAAAAUAUUGAAUAUCGAUUAAUAAAUGAUGUUUUUAAUCAUUUAUGUGAAAUGAACAACGGUCCAACAUGGUCUUCAAUUUUGAAUUGUCAAAGUUUUACGCGUGCGAGUAUUGAAUAUUUGGGAUAUGAUUUUCCAUCGACUGUUGAAGUAACUAGCGAUUGCAUUCCAACAAUGGCGGAUUUAUAG